UUCCGCAUGCUUGAAGCAAAAUAAUACAAAUUAAUGGACAAUAACGAGGUUGUUUGCACACUUACAUCUCUUGCCCUCAUACUCUACGUUGCGUGGCUCAUCACCACGAAAAGACGUCGUCAUCGUCCGCUUCCACCGGGGCCGAAGCCAUGGCCGGUGGUGGGAAACAUGUUCCAGCUGGCCAUUUCUCCCUUACCCCCGCACCAAACACUCUCGAAACUGGCGCGUGGGGUCCACGGACCGUUCAUGACACUGAGGUUGGGGUCCAUGCUCACGGUGGUGGCGUCGUCCAGCUCGGCGGCGCGUGAGGUGUUGAGGGACUGUGACGUGGCAUUGGCGGGAAGGAAGAUAUACGAAGCCAUGAAAGGGGAAAGAGGGAAGAGCAGUGAAGGGUCACUCAUCACGGCCCAAUACGGUGCGUAUUGGCGGAUGCUACGACGCCUCUGUACAACUCAGUUUUUCGUCACGCGCCGUCUCGAUUCCAUGUGCAACGUACGCGCUCGGUGCAUGGAUCAGAUGGUUCGGUUCGUGGAGGAGGCUGGUCAAAACGGUACAAAAACUGUGGACAUCGGAAGAUAUUUCUUCUUGAUGGCGUUCAAUUUGAUCGGAAACCUGAUGUUCUCCAAGGAUUUACUAGACCCAGAUUCGAAACAAGGCUCGAAGUUCUUCUACCAUGCCGGAAAAGUCAUGGAGUUCGCCGGAAGGCCCAAUGUCUCCGAUUUCUUCCCCCUCUUGAGGUUUCUUGACCCGCAAGGCAUAAGGAGGCAAACGCAGUUUCACGUAGAACGCGCGUUUGAGAUCGCCGGAGAGUUCAUUAGAGAACGAAUGGAGGUCAUGAAGAGCAAAGGUCGGGACGAGAAAGCGAAGGAUUACUUGGAUGUUCUCUUGGAGUUCCGUGGUGAUGGACCCGAAGAACCUUCUAAGUUUUCAUCUAGAACCAUCAACGUUAUCGUGUUUGAAAUGUUCACGGCGGGGACGGACACGACUACGAGCACGUUAGAGUGGGCACUCGCGGAGCUCCUCCACAACCCGAGAACCCUAACCAAACUCCAGAAUGAACUCCGAACAUCAACGAGCCAAACGUUGCAAGAACAAGACCUUCCGAACCUGCCUUACCUGCAAGCAGUGAUCAAAGAAACUCUAAGACUGCAUCCACCAUUACCAUUCCUAGUCCCCCACAAAGCCAUGUCCACAUGCCACAUCCUCAAUGGUCAAUACACAAUCCCUAAAGAGACUCAAGUCCUAGUCAAUGUCUGGGCCAUUGGUCGUGACCCGGAUACUUGGCCCGACCCGAUGAUUUUCCGACCCGAGAGGUUUCUAUCCAACCCGAAUCCGAGGGACUUUAAAGGUCACGAUUUCGAAUUCUUGCCAUUUGGGUCGGGCCGUCGGAUGUGUCCGGCCCUACCGCUAGCGACCCGAGUCUUACCGAUGGCUCUUGGGUCGAUGGUGAGAUCUUUUGAUUGGGCCUUGGCUGAUGGGCUUAGGCCCGAAGAAUUGGAUAUGAGUGAGAGAAUGGGCAUUACAUUGAGAAAAGCCAUUCCUUUGGAGGCCAUUCCCAUUUCUUUUAAAGGGGUUUGAAUUUGAGAUGGAUAUUGUUUCUCUUUUAUGCAUUUGACACUUUGUUUUU